AUGGCUCAACAAAUCACCCAGAAGCACGUGAUUAAACAAUACGGACCUUAUGGUUUCCAAUGUCCUGAAAACUUUAGCUUUCAACUUCAGAAAGGUGAAAGUAUCAAGGAAGUGAUUAUAAGGCAUGGAUUCAUUGUAGACUCAAUUGGGUUCGUCGUAGCUAAACCAUGUGGAGGCACCUACACUAAGAUGUUUGGUGGCAAUUGCGGAAAUCAAUCCAAGAUUGUGUUCAAGUGUGGUGAGAAAAUAACUCGAAUUAGCGACACAUAUGGAAGCUACAAAUACAUGGGUAAUAAAUGUGUCAUUGCAACAAUGAAAAUCCUCACUAACUUGUGUCCAACCGGAUAUGGGCCAUUUGGACAAGGAAAGGAAGUCUCUUGUGCACAAAAAUUUGCAUCGCCACUCCCGCUUGACGGCCCUAUCAUUGGAGUGUUUGGAAGGCACAACAACUAUCUCGAGUCAGUUGGGAUUUUCGUGAAAAAGAUGACAUAA